GCGUAUAGGAGGAAGGGGAAGGAGGAAGAGGAAGGACGAGGAAGAGGGAGGAGAAGGAGGAGAAGGAGGAGGAGGAAAAGUAGUAGGAGGAGGAGGAGAAGGAGAAGGAGCAGGAGGAGCAGAAGGAGAAGGAGGUGGAGGAGAAGAGAAGGAGGAAGGAGGAAGAGGGAGGAGGAAGAGGAAGAUGGAAGAGAAGGAGGGGGAGGAGGAGGAUGAGGAGGAGGAGGAGAAGGACGAAGAGGAGGAGGAGGAGGAGGAGAAAGAGAAGAAGGAGAAGGAGCAAAAGGAAAAGGAGAAGGAGCAAAAGGAGGAGGGGCAGGAGGAGUAGCAGCAGCAGGAGAAGGAGGAGCAGCAGCAGCAGGAGAAGGAGGAG